UCCAGGUCCACUUCCUGAUGAUACUCGAAUUCCAGGACAAGCGCUCCGUAAUUUUUUCGCUCAAGGUCCACUACCUGGUGAAGCUUGACAUUCAGGACAAGCGCUUCGUAGUUCCGGCGAUCCAGGUCCGCUACCUGAUAAAACUCGACUUGAGGUUACAAGCGCUCCGUGGUUCCUGCGCUCCAGGUCCGCUACCCGGGGAAACUCGACUUCUAAGAGAGGACGAGGAGGACGAGGCGAUGGAGGAAGACAUGAGGAACAAGGAGGACGAGGUGGACGAGGAGGAUUUUUCGCGCGAGCCCAAAUUCAUAUUCGAGGUACAACCCGAGGUGGUUAUCAGUGGUCUUUGGAGUUGUUUAGUGGUGGUUGUUGGUGAUCGAGGUGGACGAAGAGGAAGACGAGGACGACGAGGAGAAUAUGGUGGACGAGGAGGACGAGGAUUUGUGAACGUAUUUGAGGUCCAACCCGAGGUGGGUAGCGGUGGUCAUUGGAGGUGGUUGGCAGUGGUUGCAAGUGAUCGAGGUGGACGAGGAGGAGGACUAGGAAGAGGAGGACGAGGAUUUGUGCACGGAUUCGAGUUGGACCUCGAGUUGGUUAGCGGUCGUCAUUGGAGGUGGUUAGGGGUAGCGGACCUGGGCGCGGAAACUACGGAGCGCUUUUCUUGGAAGUUGAGUUUCACUAGGUAG